AGCUUCCGUAUCAUAGUUACGGUAAAUAGUGUAGUGAUUUAACUUAAUGAGUUGAUUUAACUUGAAAAACAAAAAUAAAAGUUUAUUAUGUGUUAUUUAGAGGAUGUUGCAGUUUUAGUCUGACUGUUCAAUAGAUCGGCAUUACUUUUCAAUAUUUCAUGAUGUCGGACUCUGUUUCUGAUAAAAACGUGGAAAUACACGUUGAAAACGGAAAUGAAAUUCAUAAUGAACAAUCUAAGAAAUCCGGUGAUGACUUUGUUGAUCCCUGGAAUGUUAUUAGUAGUUCAGCUACUGGAGUUGAUUAUGAUAAAUUAAUUAGCCGCUUUGGAAGUUCAAAAAUUGACGAUAAAUUACUUCAGGAGAUUGAAAGGGUUACACAAAAACCCGUACAUCAUCUUUUGAGAAGGGGAAUAUUUUUCUCUCAUAGGGACAUGUAUGAAAUUCUGAAGAGGCAUGAGCAGAAAAAGCCAUUUUUUCUUUAUACUGGUAGAGGGCCCUCCUCUAGUGCUCUUCAUUUUGGUCAUCUAAUUCCUUUUGUGUUCACCAAAUGGCUUCAAGAAACAUUUGAUGUUCCUUUGGUCAUUCAAUUAACAGAUGAUGAAAAAUUCUUAUGGAAAGACUUAACAGUAGAAGAAGCACAGAGACUGGCAUUUGAAAAUGCGAAAGAUAUUAUUGCUUGUGGAUUUGAUAUCGAAAAAACAUUUAUUUUUUCUGAUUUCCAGUAUAUGGGAGAGUGUCCGCAGUUUUAUCAAAAUGUCGUAAGAGUGCAAAGAAGUGUUACAUUUAAUCAAGUGAAAGGGAUUUUUGGAUUUGGAGAUAGUGAUUCCAUUGGUAAAAUAGCAUUUCCUGCAGUUCAAGCUGCUCCCUCAUUUAGUUCAUCAUUUCCAAGUAUAUUUGGAAAGAAAGCUGAUAUCCCUUGCCUUAUACCUUGUGCUAUUGAUCAGGAUCCCUAUUUUCGUAUGACAAGAGAUGUUGCUCCAAGAUUAGGUUUACCUAAGCCAGCCCUUCUGCACUCUGAAUUUUUUCCUGCUCUUCAAGGGGCUCAAACAAAGAUGAGCGCAAGUGAUCCAAACAGCUCUGUAUUUUUAACAGACACACCAAAUCAAAUUAAAAAUAAGAUAAACAAAUAUGCUUUUUCUGGUGGUGGAGCUACUAUAGAAGAGCACAGAGAAAAGGGAGGUAAUUGUGAUGUAGAUAUAUCAUACCAGUAUCUGCGAUUCUUUUUAGAAGAUGAUGACAGAUUAGAAACUAUACGAAAGGAAUAUACAAGUGGAGAACUUUUAACUGGCCAUUUGAAAAAAGAACUGAUAUCCAUUUUACAAAAAAUUGUUGCUGAGCAUCAAGAACGACGGAAACUCAUUGAUGAUAAUACUGUUAAAACAUUUAUGACACCACGCAGACUGAAAUUUAAUUUAUAGUUUAUGUUAAACUGUAAUGGGCAUUUCAUACUCUACAUAGAUUUAUUAAAUUAUUUAUUGCUUAUGCUAAUUUAAGUUAUAUAUCUUUCAAUUUUUUAAAUAUUUAAAAAUGUUCUCUCAUUUUAAAUUUACUCUGUGUAAAUGUAAAUAAUAAACUCCUUUUUUCCUUGUGAUGCUAAAUGAUUUUUUUUCCCUUGAAUCAAUUUUAUUUUUCAGUUUCUGCAAUAUGAAAGAAAACCUUUACAUCCUUUGACACUAAUGUAUCAUAAAGUUCCAAGCAGUGUGUCACAUAAUUUUCCAAAUUUAAACUUUUGUUUUAUUCUAAUAUGACAAAAUAUUUAACAAGGUAGAUUAUUUUAAUCUCAUUUACUGGAAACAAAGUCUGUACUCUGUUCUGUUGUAAAAGGUUGUUAAUAAAGGUUUUGUUUCAAUCCUA